UAAUAGCUGAUUCACCACCUUUGCUUCUCAUCUUCCUAUCUUUGUUACAACUACAAUGGAUGUUAUAGGAUUUGGUUUCAGACCCACAGAAGAAGAACUUGUCGACUAUUACCUCAGACACAGGUUGCUGGGUGAUGAUCCACAAGUCCACGUCAUCCCCGACAUCGACCUCUGUGAAGUGGAACCUUGGGACGUACCAAGUAUGUUAUUAGCGGAGUCAGCUGUACCAUUCGAUCUCCCGGAAUGGUUUUUCUUCAGUCCUGUUGAUUUCAAGUAUUCAAACAGUAAAAGGAUUAACAGGACAACCAAGUGUGGCUUCUGGAAACCCACCGGAAAAGAUCGUGAGAUUAGGAGGUCCGACUCCAACACUCUCAUUGCCAAAAAAAAGACUCUCGUUUACUACAAAGGCCGCGUUCCACGUGGUGAGAAGUCCAACUUUGUUAUUCAUGAAUACCAUGCUGUUACCUUUCACGAAAGCCAGAGGACUUUCGUUUUGUGUCGCUUGAUGAAGAAACCUGGGGGAACAACUGAAGUUGGAGGUGAUGAAGGGGAGAGCAGUAGAAUCAUGGUUUCUGGCUAUGAGAAUCAGUCAAUAGCAGGAGGCAUUCCUUCGGUAAGUUGAAACAUUCUUCACGAACAUAUUAGCACUCUGUCAUGUGAAAAUGCUGACAAUUGAUACUUGUGUGUAUUUUCAGAGAAGUACUUUUUCUGGAAUGGGAACGACCUUACAGCAAGACGAAACGUCUUUUCCAAACUCCUCAUUUUAGGAUGCCUAUUUUAGAAAUGAAUCUAACAUUGAGCAUUUUUCAUAUGAAACUACUCAGGAAGAGGAAUUCCUGAAUUCUAUUUUUGUUCACGAGGGUUAUGUUAACAAUGAACAAAAUAUAAAUACCUUCUACAAUACAUUCACCCAAUCGGAGUCAUUGAGAAAGGUAUACCGUGAAAGUAGUGAUACGGAUGCUGAGGCCGUCUCCG